AUGUCACAUGAUUAUUACAAUGAAUUAUGGCUCGUCACAAGAUGCGAUUUGGAAAAAUUAUUGGAAUUGGAUAGAGAUUUACAAAAAUGUAAACCUAUAAAGCGAAGAAAAAAUGCUUUAAAUCAUGCUCUAACUCUUUACAUAAGAUAUCGAGAUUUGGUAAGAAGACUCGUGGUAUGUUAUAAUCAAAUGAUCCAAACGCAAAAACGUGAAUUAAUUAAAAAAAUAGUUGAUUGUGCGAUUGGUCGAAUGCUCCAGUGUAAAAGAGAAGUUGUUAAAUUAGAUUGCUCUUAUUUUCAGUGGUCAGAUGAUGUAUUAUGUCAAUUAAAAUUAACGCCAGAUGACGUAAAUACCCCUAUCUUGAUAGUCGAUAAAAAUCAUGCAUUAGAACGUAGAGAGUUAAUCGAGGAGAUAAAAAAAUAUGAGGGCAAAAAACACUAUUCCAAUAAUUUGUCUCAAAGUGCGAACGAUAUUCUUUUUCGUCAGAUAAGAUCAUAUAUUGUACCGUAUGUUGCAGCUCUUGUAAUACAAGAGCAAAGGCUUUCGCAAGUGAUAACGGAAACUGAAGAUAUCUCGUCAAAAAUGCAAUUAACACGUAAAAAAAGAUUCAGACCUGCCGAUACUUCACCGAAAAUUUUAGUAGAAACGUCUGAGCAAAGGCUAGCUAAGGAAGCUCGAGAAGCUCGAGAAGUUGCUGAAAAGGCUUUACAUGAUGCAGUGCUUUUGAUACAAAGUCAUGAAAGAGCUAGAGUUGGACGUCGUAUUGGUAAAGAAGCUCUACUAAUGUAUGAAUAUAAAAAAAAAGUUAAAACCGAUGAGACAGCUCCAUUAAUAAAAGUCGAUAAAGAAACAUAUAGUAAAGCUAUCGUCAUCAUACAACGUGCUUGGAGAAGAUUUGCAGCCCGAAGAGAUAUUAAAAAAAGAAUCAAUCAUUUAGAAGAAUUAUUAGAUAUGACGAUACCAAGUUGGAAACCUCAAGAUAUUUCUAAAAGAGACGAAGAAAUUUUUCAAAGGAGAUUAGAUAUUAUACCGAUUUAUGCCGCAGAAACUGAAAAAAUUAUCCAAGAUGAAUCGAUCAAGUUGUUGAAAAUAGUGGGGCCUGGAAUGAUAGAAGAUAUCACUGAUGAAAUUCAUGAAUGGUUCAUCGUCUGGUACGAUACGGUUGGAUAUUUUGACGUUUAUCCACCAGCAGAGUUAGGUGGUAGCAUUCUGAUAGUUACCGGACAAACUAUGGAUCCAGAGGAAUAUCUUAUGCAACAGAUGCAAAAGCUAAUAGAGGCAAAAACAAAAAAUAAAGAGGCAAAGAAACCAACGAAACCAAAGCCAAAAAAGGAGAGAACUGUAGAAGGAUGGUUUAUGCCGGAAACUCCACUAUUUACCUGUUUGGAAAUGGCUAAUAAUGAAUUUAUCGAAAAUUGGAGUUAUCGAGAUGAAUCUUCUAAUCCGUUACUAAAACCUUAUCUCGAUUUAAUAACCGAUAAACUUUGUUACGAACUUCAAUUUGAAAUGCGACUGAUUGUUGACGAACUUAUGAGACUCGAAUUGGAAAAAUUAAACGAAGCUUUGUUAAAAGAUUAUGCCUCUGGUAAAGUAGAUAUUCCUGAGAUGCCACAAAGACUACGAAAAAAGGAUCGAAAAAAACCCAGAUCAAAAAGAGAUCGUUUAGCUAAUAUUCCUAUAACCGAACUUUUUAAUGAAUUAGUACAACAAAAUAUCAUACGAAAUUAUCCAGAAAGAAGUUUGGACGAUUGGUUCGGUGACUUUCGUUACCAAAAUUACGGUGCACAUUCCGAAUUUCAAAAUCGGUUAGGAGACAUCAAACAAAUUAUCAUGGAGUAUUGCGUAUUACCCCUCUCUUCUAAAGAAAUACAUACAGUAGCACCCUUAACACAAUCCGUUUGUAUCUGUGGUUUACCUGGAUAUGGUAAAACAUUUCUAGUCGAUGCAAUUUGUUCGGAGGUUGGUGCAACCUUAUUCGACAUGACACCGUUGGUAUUGAUUGAUAAAUAUAUUGGUAAGAAAAACGAACGAAGAUUAAUGGAUAUCAUUGGCAAAUUAAGUCGCUUUUAUCCACCUUCCGUAAUAUUUAUCGAUGGUGGCGAGAAACCAUGGUUAAAGAAAGUCCCAUUAAACGAACGAUAUAUUAAACCAAAACGAUUUGCUAAACAUCAUACAAAGUUUAUCAAAAGUAUCAAACCAGGUGAUCAGAUUUUGUUCCUGACUGUUUCUUCCGAACCUUACAAAGCGAUGGGUGGAUUUAUGAAGGUUCACAAUGUAUUUGUAAUGAUACCUCUAACCGAUUACAAUACACUAUACAUGUAUUACAAAUAUUUAUUAAUGAAAUAUCAUGGAGUAGAUAGAAACAUAGAUGUUUCUUGUCUGGCUAAAAUGUCCGUCGGUAUACCUUUGGAAUUUAUAAGAAAAUCUAUCGAAAACAUAUUAUCACUGAAAAGAAGAAUCAUAUUGAAUCGCGAGCCUUUAUCGCAAAUGGAAAUUAUGGAAGAAGUGUGGAAAUACGAGCCGCUCUCUAAAAAUAUCCUUGAAAAAUAUCAAAAUUUCGAAAAGAAUACUCCUCUUGGUAAAAAAAGAGAGAUAAUGUUAGCCAGAGAGAAAGAAGAACAGGAUAAAAUUGAUGCUUUAAAAGCAAUGAAGAAAAAAAGACGAUGAUAGCUAAUAUCGAAAGAGUAUAUUAGAUUGAAAGAAAAUUCGAAAAAUCGAAGAUCGAGUGGUUCCUUCUUUCUCUUGCGUAUUGGCGUUCUCCAACGCUCUAAAGAAGUCCGGACGCGAAACUGGUUUUCGUCUUUGGAGAUGUUGAAAAUCCUGAGAGCAUUCAUUGAAAAAACAAUCAAGAAUCGAUGCAGGUUGGUUACCAUGAAAGUUGUCGUUACAUGUUUAUCGGCUUCAUUAUUUCUUUAUCUGUUCAUUUGAAAUAUUAUAUCUCAAAUCUCUCAAGAAAUUUGCUUAUGUAGAAAAUCAAGAAAUGAUAUUGAAGGUUCCCGUCGCAUGAAAGACAAAAAAAAAAGAUAGAAAAAAGAAAAGCAAAAAAAAAGAAGAGAAAAAACCACAAAAAUAUUGAAUUUAUCACGCAUGUAAGUACAAUGAAUUAUAACCGACAUAAAAAAUGGUCGUAUUGAAUUAUCUCUCUAAGGAAACUUGAUUCCCGUCUGUCGACUACAUUUAAUUUAGCAAUAGGUUAAAAUGAUCGAUGAUGAAUGAUAAGUAAAUUUCAAAUGAAUAUAAAUAGAAAUGAAGCAUGUUGAAUAUUUUCGUUCGUUCUACGUUCUUCGAUCGAAAUGUUUCGAUCUUUCGUAGACGAAUCGAAUCAUCGAGUUGUCUUGGUCGCAAGAAGUAAAACGGGUAGAUGGGAAUACGAAAAAAACUAGCGGAAAAAUGUCUUGUUUGCGAUUUGACUGUCCUUUACUCACUGGAGAUCUACAAUGGUGCGCGUAAAGCUACGCUUCGUCCUUUAUCUACCGUGCCCCUGUAGUUUCUCUUUUCUGUCGUAACACGCACACCGUUUCCCGCGCAACAAAGGUGGUAAGUUUUUCGCGCAGGCGCGAUAGAAUACCGCGCGAAUAUACGUACAUACAUAGUGCGUAGAUAAAAGACAGAGAAACAGAUAUAAUAGAAGCGAGAACACACCUGAGAAUAGUGGUAGUAGUAUAUUCUUCCAAGACGAUGAUCUUCUUUUUAUAUGUCUUCUUCUUCUUCUUCUACGUUUUCCUCUUCUCUUUUUCCUUCUUUUUUUUUUCU